GGCGCUAUUUUCUCCAACUUGCGCAUUGAUGAACAGCGAAGUAACAGUGAUGAGAGAAUGUACAGUCAAGGAAUGCGAACAGUUAGACGAAAAUUAAUAUUUAAUUUUAUUUUGUGUUACCUGGCCUGUGAUUUCAUCGUGAGCUGCAAUAGUAGUAGCCCAAACUCAUUGUAAAAUAACAAUAUUUUCUCUUUAUAAGUGAAAACAUCGGAACAGUUUGUUAAAACGCAGUUGUGUUGGAAGGCCUAAACACACGAACCUUAUUAGACAAAGGAUAUUUGGGUUAUAUUUUUCAUACAGAUAGAGACAAUGGAGGGAAAUCUCGGCAGUUCAGACACACCUUAUGGAUAUGAAGAAACAUUGAUGCAUGGAAGAUUCACUUCAAAUCUAAGUGAGUUUGCACAUGAUUAUGCAAAAAAGCUAAAAUAUCAAAUCGAAGAAGAACAACAAAGGGACAGAGAUGAAGAAGAGUUCAGGUCUUACAGUGGAGGGUCUACAUUUUCCUGGCAGAUUAAAUACUAUUGGAGGCGUUUCUUGACAGUGCUUGCAAAUGACUAUAGUUUUCUGUUUAUUCUUGGUGUCUUAAUGGCAUUGAUAAGUUUCAUGCUGGAUUACUUUAUCGAGAAAUGUCAAAUGGCUCAAAUAUUGCUUUAUCAAAUGGUGAAAUUUAGUGCACUGUUGCAGUACGUGCUUUGGAUUGGCUUUCCACUACUUCUGAUUACCUUUUCAGUUGGUUUUGUUCAUCUUGUGUCUCCACAUGCAAUUGGCUCUGGAAUCCCAGAAAUGAAAGUUAUCUUGAGAGGAACAGUACUGAGGAGAUACCUCUCUUUUCCUACUUUCAUAUCAAAAACAGUUGGACUUAUAUCAGCUCUUGGUAGUGGAAUACCAAUCGGGAAAGAGGGUCCAUUUGUCCAUAUCUCAAGCAUGGUUGCUAGAAUGCUAAGCAAGUUCAUCAAAGCUUUCCAUGGAAUUUAUGUGAAUGAAUCUAGGAACACUGACAUGCUGGCUUGCGCAUGCGCUGUUGGAGUGUCAAGCAGUUUCGCUGCUCCCAUCGGAGGAGUUUUAUUCAGCAUCGAAGUAACAUCGAUGUAUUUUGCUGUCAGAAAUUAUUGGCGUGGAUUUUUCGCUGCUGUUUGUGGUGCAUUUAUGUUUCGUCUACUCGCAGUUUUGGACAGUAGUGAAGAAACAAUCACUGCGUUGUUCAAAACCAGGUUUAGAAUCGAUUUUCCAUUUGAUGUUCAAGAAUUUGUUGCUUUCGGCUUCAUUGGACUUACCUGCGGUCUGGCUGGUGCUUUGUUCGUCUACACUCACCGCAAAAUUGUCGAUUUUCACCAACAUCACAAACAAAACAGAUUGAACAGAUUUUUAGAGAAGAGCCGAUUUAUUUAUCCUGCUAUGAUUGUCCUUAUUGUAUCGACGUUGUCAUUUCCAAAAGGAUCUGGUCAGUUCGUGGCAGGACAGCUUACUGCAAAAGAAGCUUUAUAUGAGCUGUUUUCAAAUACAACUUGGUCAGCUCAGGAUCCCUCUCCAGCUUCAAUGGAAGUGUUACGUCAUUGGCAAACAGCGUACACCAGCAUUUAUGUCACACUGACUGUAUUUGUCAUCAGCAAGUUCAUUUUGACGGCCGUUUGCGUGGCACUGCCUGUCCCUGCUGGCGUAUUUUUUCCUGUUUUCAUAAUUGGAGCUGCAUAUGGCCGUCUUGUUGGCGAAUGCAUGGCAACAUGGUUUCCAAACGGUGUGAAUACGCCCAUUGUCCCUGGUGGCUAUGCAGUUGUAGGCGCCGCGGCAAUGGCAGCAGCCGUUACUCACACCAUCUCAACGUCAGUUAUUGUGUUCGAACUUACUGGGCAGAUUACUCACAUUUUACCUGUUAUGAUUGCUGUCUUGAUUGCAAAUGCUGUUGUUCAGCAACUGCAGCCAAGUAUAUAUGAUAGCAUAAUUGAGAUAAAGAAGUUGCCAUAUUUACCAGACAUUUCACGGCCUGGAUACAUUAUCAAUGUUGGCGAUAUCAUGGAUACCAGGCUUUUCUACAUCACCACCAAAAGUUCAUAUCUUCACUUGAAAAAUCUUCUUCGGCGCUCAAAUCUUCUCUCGUUUGCAGUUGUCGACAAACCAGAUUCUAUGAUGCUCCUUGGAAGCAUCAGGCGUAUUCAUCUAGAGAAUUUGCUGGCAAGGCAGUUGUCUAAAGGGCACAAGCAGGAUGGUGGGUUAGAGCCAAUACGCGAAUUGAGUAGAGUGAGCUACCGCCCAGGCUCUGACGCAAUUGAUGUUGUUUUUGAGGAGAAACAGAUUAACUCAGAAAAAGAUCAAUUAAUGGCAGAAUUGGGUGGAGAUACAAAAGUAAGCAAGAAAUCCAAAGUUAGCAAGUCAUCAGCUGUCACGACACUUCAAAAGCUUUUCACCCACACUAGCACUGAACUUUCUGAGGCUGCGACAUCAUCAGGGGAAUUCGGUGCAGAUGCAUAUUGUCCUGCAUGGGAAAUGGAGCUUCUUCACGAGGAAAUUGAUUUCUCCAGUACCCAGAUAGAUCCAGCACCUUUUCAGCUGGUUGAACAAACAUCGCUUUACAAGGCACAUAAACUAUUUUGUUUGCUGAAUUUAUCUCAAGCGUAUGUAACAUUACUUGGUAGACUCAUUGGAGUUGUCACACUGCAAGAGCUAAGGCUUGCGAUUCAGAAUGAAAACUUCUUUUUGGAGAGGCGAAAGCUAAGACGACAGAAGUCCUUUCAAGUACCUCAUGUUGAUUCAGAGACUGAGAAUCCAUCACAAGAUUCACCACGCCUACCAUCCGAAUCUGAACCGUAAUCCAAGUAUGUUAAUCUAGUUAGAAAUUUUACAUUUUUGCAAUUUUUUGUUAUUUUUGUAUCAAAAAUUAAGCAACUAAUGUCCUUGGGCUAAUUAUUAUGGUUUCACCCAGUUCGCUACUCAGUUUGAUAACUUUUUGUUACCUUUGUCCUGACAUAUCUUGAAAUAUGAAUUAUUCAUUUUUGUGGUUCAUAUUUUAAAUUCUAAACAUACUAAUAUUCCUUAAAUGUUUUGUUAUAUUUUGGUUAUAUUUGGUUAAAUUGUGUAAAUAUUAGUGACUGAUUUUCGAAAUUUAAAUUUGCCGGUAGAUAGAUAGUUUCAACUGACAAUAAAAUCUUCAAUAUAAUUUAGAAAUUGAAAAAUUCUAUAAUCUCCUUUUUCCACUAUUAAUGUUCUUGAAACCAUACAUAGAAAUGCAUUGCUCUUGGUUAUUAGCAUGUUUAGCCCCCCCCCCGAUAACCACCCCCCAAAAUAGAAUGUUUUAGUUCCCUCAAUCUGUGCCCCCU